ACUCCCAUGGCGCCCCGCGCAACUGGGCGGAGGCAGGAACUGGGAGCAGUGCUCCACGGGGCUGGCAGUGCUCGCAAACAUCCUUCCUGGCUGCGGAACGGCCAAACCGGGGAAGGGAAAGACGCCAGUUCCCGGGCUGCCUUGCGACGAAGACGGGGCACCGGGACCGCUAGGCCUCACGGCCGGAAUAGUCACAACUGCCGACAAGACUGAGGGACUCCACAGCUGUGGCAUGUACUGCAGAUGCCGACCGCCGGCCAGCAAGAGGGAUGGAGCCGCGGACUGGAGACCAGGUUUCGCCUUCCCCGACUGGGCCUACAAGCCAGAGUCGAGUCCCGGCUCGCGCCAGAUCCAGCUCUGGCACUUCAUCCUGGAGCUGCUGCGCAAAGAGGAGUACCACGACGUCAUUGCCUGGCAGGGGGACUAUGGGGAGUUUGUCAUCAAGGACCCCGAUGAGGUGGCCCGGCUCUGGGGGGUGCGGAAGUGCAAGCCACAGAUGAAUUACGACAAGCUCAGCCGGGCCCUGAGGUACUACUACAACAAGCGGAUCCUGCACAAGACCAAAGGCAAACGCUUCACGUACAAGUUCAAUUUUAACAAGUUGGUGCUGGUCAACUACCCUUUCAUUGACAUGGGGAUGGCAGGUGCUGCUGUGCCCCAGAGUGCCCCGCCAGUGCCCUCGGGGGGCUCUCACUUCCGCUUCCCACCCUCCACUCCGUCUGACGUACUCUCUCCUGCCGAGGACCUGCGUUCGCCGGGGGUCUUCUCGGCCGUGGCCCGCCGCCUGGCUCGGGGGUCAGUCAGCGACUGCAGCGAUGGCACUUCUGCCAACUCAGAAGUGGAAGAGUCCUUGGCUGAGGAGCAGAGGCGCGGUGGGGGGGACGCUGGUAGUGGGUUCAGGGGGCCCCCAGUGCCUGGCCACCCCCGCCUAGCACAUGACAGCCUCUUCAGGGUCUAUCCUCGCCCUCGGGUCCCAGAGCCCCUCAGCCCAUUCCCCGUCUCCCCCAUGGCAGGCCCAGCUGCCCUGCUGCCCCCGCAGCUCUCCCCAGCCCUGCCCCUCACUCCCACCCACCUGAACUACACCCCCUCGCCCACCCUUAGCCCCAUGUACCCCGGAGGGGGCUCCCACUUCUCCUUCAACCCCGAGGACAUGAAGCGCUACCUCCAGGCCCACACCCAGAGCGUCUACAACUACCACCUCAGCCCCAGGGCCUUCCUGCACUACCCCAACAUCAUCAUCCCCCAGCCCCAGCGCCUGGACAAGCCCCCCCUCCUGCCCCCACAGGCCGAGGAGCCACCCACCCCCUUCAAAUUCAAGCUCCAGCCCCCUCCAUUGGGGCGUCGCAACCGAGAAAAGCAGCAGCCCUCAACCGCCGCCACCGCUACUGGGCCCCCAGGAGAAUCCAGCGGCAGCAGCGGCGUCCUCUUGGCGUCCUCUUCCGCAACGGAGCUGCCGCUGCCCCAGAUCAAGGUGGAGCCCAUUUCGGAGGGCGAGUCGGAGGAGGACCUCACGGUCGAGGUGACAGACAUCAGCGAGGAUGAUGACGACGAGGAGGUCUUUAAGCCCCCUCCUGCCCCCCUUGAAAAGGCGGCGGAGGAAGAAGACGAGGGAGAAAUGGAGGUGGCAGUGGCAGCCACGACGGUGGCGUCAAUGGCAUCGGCGGUGUCCCAGGCUGGGGAGAGCGGCCGGUGCAUCCCGUUGAAGCUGCGUUUCAAGCGCCGGUGGAGUGAGGAUCAGCGGCUGGAGGCCGGGGUGGGAGCCGAAGAGACAGACGACAAGAAGGUGAAAGGGGAGGAGGUGGGCGCCAUCCUUGGCGGGGGACGCGGGCAAGGAGGGACGGGGCUGGGCGGCCGUAGGGUCAGCACGGAGCUCCAGCGGGCCACGGCGGAACUGACCCUUGAGAACCGGGACUCCUAGAGCGGGACAAGCGGCCCCCUCCCUCCGUCCCCCCGGGGCAGACGGACAAUUGGGGGGCUGGGGGGCUUUGCUGGUUUUGCUGCCUUAACUCAGAGAUUACCUUUCAUCAGUUUUCCCUAUCUCCUUCCCUCUUUCAUCCUGAAACUGUAAAUUUUAUUUUGUUUUUUUUCCUUUUCUGGACACCAGGAAAAAAAUGUAGGGGGUGGGGGGAAUAUUGGAACUGUUUUUACUUGUCUAUAAACGUAUAUAAAUAUGAGUAUAUAUAUAUAUAUAUAUAUAUAUAUAUAUAUAUAUAUCUUUGCAGGGUGGGGAUUUAUAAAAAUGAAUAUGCCAGUGCAACCUUUAGGUAACUCCACUCUCCCCCCUCAUCUUUUCCUUUCAAAAUCUUUAGAAUAUGCAGUCCCAGGGCCCUUUUUUAUCAGGAUAAAACAACAGGAAUAAGAGUAGGGGGAAACCCACCCUCCUUUUUUGACCACUCACAUUGGGGGGGGGGUUGUAGGUUGGCCUUAUGAAAGCUACCUCCCCAUUCUGCCUCUUCCCUCGCCCCCCUCCAUCCCUGCCACCCUGCAAUUGGCGAGUAUAAAAAGCACCAAAAUAAGACUUUUUCAGCCCUGGUUGCCCUCCCCCCCAUGGGACUGGAAGGAGAAUUAGCCAUAUCUGUCCCCCAUUGCACUUCCCCAUCCAAAUAGCACUAUGAGAAGUGUUGGGUUGCGUCUGUGUCUGGGAGGCGAUCGCUGGGGGGCGGGGGGCGGGCGUAGCCACACCAUUAACGUCCUCGUUCUGUUUUUCAAAAGUCCAUCCGAUGGAGAAGUGACUUCUUGCCUUAUUUUUUAAGAGAGUGGCUUUAAAGCGUUGGGUUCCUGCCCCUCUCCGUCCCGAUUGUGAGCUGAUGCGAACCCUUGUGACCAAAAGUCCCCCUGCCCCUGCCCCAAAGCUCAGCCCUCCAAAAGAAUACCCUUUGUGGCCCUUGCUUAUGUAACCAAAAAAGGAGACACGGUGGG